GCGACCGACUUGCGGGGAGCCGGGCCCGGGCGCCGGUGAGGGCGCGUCGCCAGCAUCAUGUCCCACCUGCCGAUGAAGCUGCUGCGCAGGAAGAUCGAGAAGCGGAACCUCAAGUUGCGCCAGCGGAACCUGAAGCUGCAGGGGGCUUCAUUGGCGAGUCUGUCAGAAAGUCAAAAUGGAAAUGUGUCUGAAGAAACCGUCGGCGGUGAAAAAGUCAAAAAAUCCUUAAAACAGUCUAUGAAUGUGGACUUGCCAGGAGCCCAAAAUGGAGAUGUGUCUAACGAGACAGUGAAAAAAGUAAAAGUUAAAAAAUCCCUCAAACAAUCUAUGAAAGUGGGCUUGUCAGAAACCCAAAAUGGAGAUGUGUCUAAAGAGACAAUGAAAAAUGUAAAAGUUAAAAAAUCCCUCAAACGAUCUCCAAAAAUGGGUUUGUCAGAAACCCAAAAUGGGGAUGUAGCUAAAGAAGCUGUAGAAAAUGUGAAAGUUAAAUCCCCUAAGAAAUCUACCGUGUUAACCAAUGGUGAAGCACCAACACAAACUCCUAAUCCAGAAUCAAAGAAGAAGAGAAAGAAGAAGAAAAAGAGAAAGAUAGUGGAUGAUGCUGGACCUGAUACCAAAAAAGCAAAAAUUGAAGACAAAGGUGAAUCUGAAGAAGAUGCCCAGGAGGCUCCUGAAGAAGCAGAAGACAGUGUGGAGAAGCCAGGUGACGAGGAAGAGGACAGUGAGGUGCCCAGUCUACCUCUGGGACUGACAGGAGCUUUUGAGGAUACUUCGUUUGCUUCUCUAGCUAAUCUUGUCAAUGAGAACACUCUGAGGGCAAUAAAAGAAAUGGGCUUUACAAACAUGACUGAAAUUCAACAUAAAAGUAUCAGACCACUUCUGGAAGGCAGGGAUCUUCUAGCAGCUGCAAAAACAGGUAGUGGCAAAACCCUUGCCUUUCUCAUCCCUGCAGUGGAACUCAUUGUUAAAUUGAAGUUCAUGCCCCGGAAUGGAACAGGAGUCCUUAUCCUCUCACCUACUAGGGAACUGGCCAUGCAAACUUUUGGUGUUCUUAAGGAGCUGAUGACUCACCAUGUUCACACGUAUGGGUUAAUAAUGGGUGGCAGCAAUAGAUCUGCAGAAGCACAGAAGCUUGCUAAUGGGAUCAACAUCAUCGUGGCCACACCGGGUCGUCUCCUGGACCAUAUGCAAAAUACCCCAGGGUUUAUGUAUAAAAACCUCCAGUGUCUGGUUAUUGAUGAAGCUGAUCGGAUCUUGGAUGUUGGAUUUGAAGAGGAAUUAAAGCAAAUUAUUAAACUUCUGCCAACACGUAGACAGACCAUGCUCUUUUCUGCAACGCAAACUCGGAAAGUUGAAGAUCUGGCGCGGAUUUCUCUGAAAAAGGAGCCAUUGUAUGUUGGUGUUGAUGAUGAUAAAGCUAAUGCAACAGUGGAUGGUCUUGAGCAGGGAUAUGUUGUUUGUCCUUCCGAAAAGAGAUUCCUUCUACUCUUCACUUUCCUUAAGAAGAAUCGAAAGAAGAAAUUAAUGGUCUUCUUUUCAUCCUGUAAAUCUGUGAAAUACCACUAUGAGCUGCUGAACUACAUCGAUUUGCCUGUUUUGGCCAUUCAUGGGAAGCAGAAGCAAAACAAGCGAACAACCACGUUCUUCCAGUUCUGCAAUGCGGAUUCAGGGAUACUCCUGUGUACAGAUGUAGCAGCUAGAGGGCUGGAUAUUCCUGAAGUUGACUGGAUUGUUCAGUAUGACCCUCCUGAUGACCCCAAGGAAUAUAUACAUCGUGUGGGAAGAACAGCAAGAGGCCUAAACGGAAGGGGACAUGCUUUGCUCAUUCUGCGCCCAGAAGAAUUGGGUUUCCUUCGUUACUUGAAGCAAUCCAAGGUUCCAUUAAGUGAAUUUGAGUUUUCCUGGUCCAAAAUUUCUAACAUUCAGUCUCAGCUUGAAAAACUGAUUGAAAAGAACUACUUCCUUCAUAAGUCAGCCCAGGAAGCAUAUAAGUCAUACAUUCGAGCAUAUGAUUCUCAUUCCCUGAAACAGAUCUUUAACGUUAAUAACUUAAAUUUGCCUCAAGUUGCUCUGUCGUUCGGUUUCAAGGUGCCUCCUUUUGUUGAUUUGAACGUCAACACCAAUGAAGGCAAGCAGAGAAAGAGAGGAGGUGGUGGUGGAUUUGGCUACCAGAAAGCCAAGAAAAUUGAGAAGUCCAAGAUCUUCAAGCACAUAAGCAAGAAAUCAUCUGACAGCAGGCAGUUCUCUCAUUGAAGACACACCCUCCUUUCGUCUUGAAUAGCUUUGUUUUAAAAUGGGUUUUUCUUCCUUGUUCUAACAAAGAAAUUUUUGUACUGUUAGGAUUUGGACCAAUCAAAUAAGAGUAUAAAUUGACUUAGGUUGCAAGCACUAAGCACAGUUAUUUCCAGCAAGUCUUUUGUUUUGGGAUAUACAAAAAGAGUUGUUUUCCUUGAUUGCCCAAGAGCAAAGCAGGGGGAUCUGUUUGUCUUUGUUGUGAUAAUAGAAUUUUUUUUUUUUUUAAGUUCAAAUGUUCUCCAAAAACUCGUCAUUGUUUUAAUGAAUUAUUUUUAUACCUUUCCUCCCUGGUGUCUGAAGACAUCUGCAGCACCCACGGUGACCAGCCUGCUAUAAGGCAGGUGCCCGCACAUUGCCAGGUGGUGGUGGUGGUAAUGAGGAAAUUCUCCCCAUUUAUUCUUUAGUUUUGGUUGAUUCUUGGACCUUUACAGUAGUUUUCUCCCCUCCUGAAAAUGCUGCAGUAUAAAAGGGUAAGAGCUUUGGGAAAUCACUGAGACAUGCCUUAGGUAAAAGGUGGCGUUGAUUUUGUAUACACCAGAUUUUAGAACAGUGCAUCUGUCUCAGUCUUUUUUUUUUUUUUUUUUUCUUUAAGGUACAAGAAAUGUGGGUUUUCAUUACUUGUGUAAAGUACCCUUAACAGUCCUAAUGUUUGGGAUGAGGGCUACAAAUCUGAGGCUCUUGAGCCUCAUUUACACCAGUGGGGAUAUAAUCUGCUGUGUUCCGUUUGGUAACUGUCAAAGUCCAUUUUUUAAAAAUUUGACCAAAUUCAUUCAAAUUUGUUGAUUUCAGGUGGUUUGGAUUUGGGCAAGUCUUUCCAACUCUGCGUAGUAUUUAGAAGGCAAAGCCAGUCCAUCGUACAGUACGCUGUGCAUGUUAAUAUUGGCAUCUUUUUGAGAAAAAAAAAUGCCUCUUCCAGAUCCAUAAAACAAAAAUAGAUUUAUGGUAAAAAUUGAAAAUGCACAGAGGUCAGAAAGUAGCAAAGAAUGGUUUAAGCAGAUAGGUUUGCUGGAGCUCUGAAUCCCUAGUGUGUUUUAUGUUGUAUUUCUAGUGUGUUUUAUAACUGCAAAUGGUUAUUAUAUUUUGUAGUGAUUCAGAACCAAAGUUGCUGGCAUCAUUCUGUUGUGCUAGUUGAUAUUAAAUUAUAAGUACAGUGAGAACAUCAGAUUAGAGCUUUCCGGUAGGAAAUAAUGUGAACAAUAUUCCACUCCUGGGCUUGACUGUCACCUCGCUGGACCUGACCUGGGUUUCACACCUUGCUUCCUGGGCUCCUGGCUUUGUUAUGAUUGUUUCCUGUCCACUAACUUGGGAAGUGGGGGCGGGGGAGGGGGUCAUUUGCUUCAGAAAUAAUCAUGUUUCUAAAAAUAAGCAAAGCCAGGGAAGAAUAAUCACUGAACAAAAGUGAAUGUUGAUGUUUUGCUAUAUAACCUGGUGUUUUGUAUGCUUUUAAUUUUUUAUCAGAAGUGAAGUCACCCUCACCGUUAUUUGUAAUCAGCUUGUUUCAUAACAUCAUUUUUCAAUGUCAUUAAAUAAUUACAUCAGUUUUGCGUUUCAUUUAUU